AUGGCCGAGGUUGGCUUGGUCGCGUCACUCAUCGGCAUCGCAGCCUUUGGUGUGAGAUUGACGACAGAACUCUACCAGUUCGGUGCCACCGCAUCUUCUGCCAGAGAACAGACGGACUUUAUCGCGAGAAAUCUCAGGCUGUACUCGGACGUGCUUGAGCUUCUGGCCGACCGCAUCGACGAUGACGAACCUAUUCAUUCCGACAAGGCUCUUGACCUCGUUGAUGAAAUUUACCACCAAUCGCACGAUCUUUUCUAUCGCAUUGAAGACCUGCUGCCGAAACGCAUGAAUCUCGUCCAAAGGAUCAAAUGGACCUACUCCAAAGCCAAGGUAGAAGUCCUCGUGGCUGAAAUUGAGUAUCUGAAAAGCACUGUCAAUCUACUCGUUAGCGUUCUAUAUACUGGAAAGACGAUCCGCUCGUAUAGGAAGCAAAAACGGUCAAAGGACUAUGUCAAUCAAAUCGAACUGCAACGUAUCAAGGUGCAAAAUGCUAUCGUCGAACAGAUCAACGCGACUGACUCCAAGGUGAAACUACAAGCGGAGGCUGAGAAGGAAGAGAGAAUCGCUCUCGAAGCCGAAUCACAUAGCUCCUGCCAAGCUAUCAGCAAAGCACAAAUCCACGGUACUGCACUCAGUCGGGAUCUUGUCAUCGCACAGUUUCGAGACUCUCUGGGAUCAACGGUCGAUAUAUCGGAGGAAAGAGGCAUGAUUAUGAACCAAUCAGUCGACUUGUUAAAGGAGCUAUUGUCCCAAUGGACAACGUUGGCAGAGCAGACCAAUGCUUCGACGUCGAAUAUAACUGCAAACAGCCCACCUGAUCGCCGAAAGCGACGGGGACAUCAAGAUCAUGAUCCUGCAGCCGAGGAACAGUGGCGUCGCGAUCAUAAGAGCCAAGCUGAUCUUGCUAAAGAUCUGGCUCGCGAUCGUGCCAAGCUCGCCGACGAGUUAGAACAGCGUUCCACUCAAGCAGCUCAAUACGAGCGUCAAUUCCGAGAGAUGGAGGCCUUGAACCGUGAACUUCAAAGUCGGUUGAAAGAUCAACGACAAUCCCAGAUGCAGCAUCCCUACGAAGGGCUGAGCAUGCUCGAAAUACUCACAAGACGGUCGAACCCCCCCGACGACGACGACAACAACAACAACAACAGUCCUGAGGUCUCGAAAGACCAUGAUAAACAGCCAAGUGGUCGUCCGUCGACAAAGCAGCCAUGGCACCCCUAUGAUACAGGCCAUCUUGGUGCUCAACCCGCCGGAUCUAGGCACACCGCCCCGUACCAGGAGAUCCCACUUCUAUCUAAAGCAGAAUCUCCAACAUGGAGUAACGAAUCCUUGAUCAACGGCACCCGCCUUAAAGAUCGGAGCGGGCAGAAUGGCAGCUCCAAUAAAGCCCCCUCCAACCGCAACGCGGUUGAUGGACAGAAGAAACAGGAUCGGGCCCCAAGCAGCAAUGACAACCUUUCCGCAGGGCCCUGGCUCCAUGGACACGAGAAUCCUGCCCGACCGACCAGCAGUGCAACAGCUCCCCUCAUACUCAGAUCAGCUUUGGCUAGCAGCAAACCGAAGAAGCCCAGACUUGCUCGGGCGUCCAUUCACUUUGCGCCCUACGCUUACGACAAUGAAGGACGCAAGUACGAUCUCCUGCAGCCAGACUCGCAAGACUCCCACAACACUUUAACCACGGAAUCCAACGACGGCGGAAAAUUACGCUACGCAGACCACAUUAUGAUUAGUUCCACCGGUGAAGUGUUCGUAUCCUGCUAUGACAGCGUACAGCAAACUGCGUCCAGAAGAUAUCGAUUUCCCAUAUAUCGUGACGAGGCCUCGGCAAGAUUGCCCAGGGCAUUUGCCGCCAUGACUGCUCGUGUCCGUUACGACACGCGCCGCAAGAAAUUCUUUGCCGUAGAGGAUGCCGAGGGCACAGUGGUGCAGCGUCCCGUUGAACAAUGCUACCACAGGAGUUCGAAAUUCUUUUUGAUAUCACCACCACCUGCCUUAAGAAAAGGCCCCCAGCCCUGA